UACAGUACCUUAAACUCCUCUGUGUUUGCUUAAAAACAUACAUGGCAGAUAACAAUUCACUGGUUGGUAAUGAGACUUUGCAGCAGUAUUUAAUCAACCAGGUCAUUAUUGUUCAGAUCUUGGUAAUAAUUUUUCUCUGUAUCAACUUGUUACUCAUUGUAACCUUUUUCAAAAACCAGUUCUUUUACACAACUAUACGUUACAUCUUAUUUGCUGUUACAUUACUGUCAGACAGCUUUUUGUUAUUCAUGACUAAUAUCCUAGUCAUCUUACACAAUUUUUUUUUAAUGGUGCAAGUUUGGCUAUGUGUUGUUAUCUGUGUUGUGGUACUUCUGUACGUGACAGUCACACCAGUUACUUUGACAGCAAUGACCCUGGAGCGCUAUGUGGCCAUUUGUAUGCCCCUGCGUCAUGGAGAGCUCUGCUCCACACGCAGCACUAUGCAUUGUAUCCUCAUUAUUCAUGGCCUCAGCUCUGUGCCCUGCAUUGUUAUUCUCACCACCCUCUUUGCAUCAGCAUCUCUUAGCUUCUACAGACAAUAUCAGAUAUGUUCAGUGGAGAUUUUUAUGCUUCACAUGUGGCAGCAACAUCUUAGAUCAGCUAUAUAUCAAGUCCAGUUUUUGAUUAUGUGCAUCAUUGUUAUUUUCUGCUAUGUGAAAAUAAUGAAAGUGGCCAAAGCUGCAUCAGGAGAGGAUAAAAAGUCAACAUGGAAAGGGCUCAGAACAGUGAUUCUUCAUGGUUUCCAGCUGCUGCUUUGUCUUAUCCAGCUGUGGACUCCAUUCAUAGAGGCUGCUGUACUUCAUAGUAAUUUUAUUAUAUUUAAAGAUCUCAGGUACUUUAACUACAUCAUAUUUUAUCUUGCACCAAAAUGUUUGAGUCCUCUCAUUUAUGGCCUCAGAGAUAAAGUUUUUUUUCAUGCACUAAAACACUAUGCCUCCUUUGGCUUGUAUAAGAGAAAUAUUGUUUAACAAAUUAGAAUCACAGUUAUUUACUGUCUCUGUGCAGUUAUUUGUCUAUGACAACUGUGGAUGUUGAACCCUUUUGUUAACAAAUAAUGAGCCAGCAGGCCUCUGGGUGGUUUUUC